GCUGUUUGUUUGUAUUGUCUUCUGUAGAAGAAAAGGUCUCAUGUGUCUCAUGUCUGCUGCUGCUGUUGAGAACUGAGACAUGGAGAGAAAACACAUGUCUGCAUUAUCUAUUUAUCAGUCAUUAUCAAGAGGAGCAAAACCAGAAGUGCAGGCUAAGUCUCCACCAGCAAAGAAAAUCAAAAAGAAGGAGAAUGGCAUCCAAUUAAACAAGAAAUCAAAUAAAAAGAAAAGAAUUAGACCCCUGAAAUCCCACAUGAGGCCCAGCAGCAGUGAUAAGGAGAAGUCUAAAGGUGAGAAGGACUGUGAGACAGAUGACGGAAAAGGAUUUGUCAGUCCAGCUCUUGAGACACUUCUGACGGAUCUGGCGAAGGUCAACAACAGCAGAGAUAGAGCCAACAGACUGUUCCAGUGGCUUAUUCACCCAGUCCAAGAAAAAAGCUUCCUCAGAGAUAACUGGGAGAAGAAACCGAUGCUGAUCCAACGGCAGAAACCCGAUUAUUACAAAGGACUCUUUUCUACUGCUGAGUUUGACCAGAUCUUAAGAAACGAGGAUGUGCAGUAUGGAGUGAACCUGGAUGUGACAAGCUACACAAAUGGAAAUAGAGAGACACACAAUCCUCCAGGAAGAGCGUUACCGUACACAGUGUGGGAUUUUUAUGAGAGCGGCUGCUCUCUCAGAAUGCUCAAUCCUCAAGCGUUUUCCUCCACUGUGUGGCAAGUGCUCUCCAUUCUUCAGGAGAAGUUUGGCAGUAUGGCGGGCGCAAACGUAUAUCUAACACCACCGGGGACGCAGGGUUUUGCUCCUCAUUAUGAUGAUAUAGAGGCUUUCGUUGUGCAGCUCGAGGGCAAAAAGCACUGGAGAGUAUACAACCCUCGAUCUGAAGAUGAAGUGUUGCCGCUGGUGUCCAGUCCUAAUUUCAGCCAGAAAGAGAUCGGGCAGCCCAUCAUGGACGUGGUGCUGGAAGCUGGUGAUCUGCUGUAUUUUCCCCGUGGCUUCAUCCAUCAGGGUGACUGUCUGCCUGACGUUCAUUCGCUGCACAUCACCGUCUCCUCCUACCAGAGGAACAGCUGGGGAGAUCUGCUCCUGAAAUUGAUGCCAGCAGCUCUGGAGAUUGCGAUGGAGGAAGACGUUGAGUUCAGGAAGGGGCUGCCGCUCGAUUACCUUCAGUUCAUGGGAGUUCAGAACUCAGAGAAGGAAGACCCACGAAGAGACAAGUUCACUGCACAUCAGGGCCUGAUAAAGAAACUGAUACAUUUUGCUCCAGUUGAUGCUGCUGUAGAUCAGAAAGCCAAAGACUUCCUGCACGACUGCCUUCCACCUCUGCUGAACGCUGAGGAGAAGGCCAGCAGUGUGUACGGGGCUCCUGCUCGAUGGGGAGAUGGUGAGGCCCUUGAUGUGGCUGUUGAACUGAAGAGCCGAACCCAAAUCAGACUGAUUCGGGCCGGAGCUGCAAGGUUGUGCAGUGAUGGAGACACUGUGUAUCUUUAUUACACUACUGAGAACUCUAGAGUCUAUCAUAAAGAAGAACCCAAGAACAUUGAGAUGAAAGCGGAGCACAUAGAUGCCGUGGAGUUUCUGAUUCAUUCAUAUCCCAAGUAUGUUUCUGUGGCCAGUUUACCAUGUGAGACAGCGGAGGCUAAGAUGUCUCUGGCUGAGCUGCUGUUUGAGAAGGGACUGAUCUGCACAGCCGAGCCUUUGACAGCUGAAUAAAAACAUUUUAUUGGCUAAAGAAAAUGAGGGUUCUACAUCAUAUGCUUGUCAUCUGUCCAAACUACAUAUUUUUGUAAACUAAAGUGAUCCCAUGUCUAUAAAACAUCUUAAAGAAAA